GCGGGUCGCGGUUUGCGCCCCAAUGCUAGCGCGAUUUCCAACGCGCCUCCACGCGAAUCAUUACGCGGACGCAUCGCGUUUCACAACGUAUUCGCAAAUUUGCGUUGCGCCACAAUCACCGAUUUUGAGUUUAGAGCACUUGCAUCGAAGGAAACGAAGUGUUACAUUAUGUGAUGUGACUGUAAGUGAUAUUGUAUAGCAGCCGUAUCGCUUUGCGCUCGUAUUCGGAUUUCGGAUGCGUGAUUUACGAUCUUGUUUUACAACUUAUUUUCGUUGCAAGUACAUCUCAUAUGAGCGACGACUAUGCAAACAGCGUACGACAACCUGUUUUAUUACAGAAACGCGUAAACAUUUUACCUUUUGUUAAUUAAGUAAUCAAAAUCGUACGUAUUGAUAAUUCACUUCGGAAAUCGAAACCUGUUGAAUUAAUCGAGUGAAAUCGAUUCGAAUGUUGCAAUUCUUCGAUUUGAAAUAUAUAAACGUAAAUUAAGAAAAUAAUGACGACGUAAAAUACCGUCGGAUUGUUGAUGGAAAUGAAAUCGCGUAGAUGAAAUGAAGACGUCGCUGGAAUGCGAGCGGUCGGAGGCCGCGGAGAGCGCGAAGGGUCGAAUAUCAUUCAGUGUCGACUCGCUCCUGGGCAGCAAGUCCGACACGCCGCGGGACACGCCCGACGCACACAGCAACGAUGCGGAGAGCACCGUCGACACCGACGACAGCGAUGUGGACAUCGAGGAUGUUGAAUCCAACGCGGGAGAUGAGAGAGAUGAUCGUGACGAGCGGGGGAGUACAAACGAUGAUGAAACGGAGAACAGGGGUGGAGUUGUGGUUCCGCAGCCGUUGUUACCGCGACUGUACCAAGGGCCGACGCCAACUACAUGGCCGUUCGGCGCGUUCCCGUGGAUGGCACCGAAUCCCAUGUUUCGCACGGGAUCGCCAAACACUGGCCCUCCAAGUGGCCCUCCUGUAGUACGCUGCCAACUCCGCAAACACAAGCCGAACAGGAAGCCCCGUACGCCCUUCACCACACAACAGCUCCUCGCUCUAGAGAAGAAGUUUAGGGACAAACAAUACUUAAGUAUUGCGGAAAGAGCAGAAUUCUCCUCAUCAUUACGACUAACGGAAACACAGGUUAAAAUUUGGUUUCAAAAUCGUCGGGCUAAAGCAAAACGUUUGCAAGAGGCUGAAAUAGAGAAACUCAGACUCUCUGCGCGACCCCUACUUCCUCCAUCAUUCGCGCUAUUUGGCGGAGGUGGGGCUCCACCUUUGUUCGCUGCUAUGGCUGCGGCGACGAGGCCGCAACUCAGUUUUUUAGGAGGGCCACCUACCCACCAGCACGCUAUAAACAUGAAUAUACUGAAUUCCUUACAACCACAUUGACGGCAUGAACACGCGGUGGCGCGUGACGGAGAACAGCCGCCAUCUUCCUAACAUGGCGACUAGAACUGACAGUUUUAUUAUGAUCGGAUAUGCGGACUGAAACAAGUGAUUGAUAAAUAAAAAAAACUGUGGUAUACUAUAGUGCCAGUACUUAAUUUUAUGUAAAUCGGUUUAAUUUUUUCAAUAAGAAAGAUGCAUAGAGUGACAUAGACUAUAUCCCUCAAAGCUGAUUUUAUUAAUAUAAGAUACAUUUUAAAAAAAUCUCAAUGAAUAAGUGCAAUUCGUUCAGUUUGAUAUAGCCAUAAUUAACUUUAAAUAUUUUUUUGUAAAUAUAGCAAUGGUAUAGUUAAUAGUUGUUAUAAAAGGCGUAUAGUUUCACUAAUAUCGGUAAUAAAGUGUGUAAUUAACAUGAUUAUUUAUUUUUUUAAGUAUGAUAUUAAACGUAAUAUAACAGACAUUUAUGAAUGGCAGAUGAUCGCUAAUUACUUAAUUUCAGAGCAAUUUACGUUAAUGAUAUAUAUAAUAUCCAUUUUUAUGUUUUUUAAUUUAUUUUACGGUAAUAUUAUUAUCUAUAAUUUUCGUGUGUAACUUUUUAAUUUUAACGAGACAAGAC